AAAAACACCAAUGACGAUGCUACUGCUGUUAUUUGCGCUCAUGCCUUGUUGUUGUUUUGACCUCUUUCUUGAUGAAACUGUUGUGCUAUUGUUGCAUUACUUACUUACUAUUUUUGUACAGCAAGACAGAUGAACGCCUACCCCGAUGAAGAUACACGAGCUACAAAUACUACAAACUCCCACUUGAUGUUGAUAUGUAGUUUUAGCAAUUGGCAUACCCCUGUUGUAAGUAAAUGCAGGUGCUGCUACACGUCUUUCGACGUAUAGAUACCUCGCCCCCGCUUCCGGGAGAAGUAAGUAAAGUGAAAGAAAUCUUCAAACACGAUGACGAUGAGGCAUUACCAAAAAAGUGAAAAACGCAAAAAAAUAAAACCAAAAAUAAAAGCCAGAGCCUUGCCUCGUCGUGACCACGAACAGAGCUCCAACGUGAGUUGUCAUCUUCGUGGUGUGUUUGUUGUUCGAUUUUUGUUUUUCGGAGUUGUUGAAACAAAACUGCUGAUAUCUAGUCGGAGACCUCCUCCAGCAUGCCAAAUAUCUUCCAUUUCCACGACACAUUUUUGUGGUUAUCAUGUCACCACGAGAGGCCUCGAGGCUGCAAGGAAAGUAGCCACCAGAGUGCGCACAGGAGAGCGUGAGCGACAAUCGCAAAUGCAUAUCGUACCUGUUUUGAGGUGUCUUCAACUUCGUCUAUAAAAAUGAGCAGCGCGAUAUUGCUGCAUUCAACACCUCCAAGAACAGGACCUCACAUAUUUCAUCACUUCAAGAAACAAAACGAAAAAAAUUAUGAUUUAAAAGAGCGUCAACAU